UUUCAUGGCCACGGCAUGAGUGCAGGAUUGAACUUGUUGGAGUUCCGAGUUAGAUUUCAAAUAUUCAAAAGUCUCUAAUUUGAUCGUGAAUUAUAUACAAAGUUUUGUGAAUACCUUGUCUGAGAGACGCUUUCUCUUCCUAUUUUCUGCUAUAUUCGCAUGCUCCUUUCUAGUGAUUUAACAAACUCGGCCAGUCCAAGAAGAAUCUCAAAACUCAGAGCCAGGUGCAGAUUUUUCACACUGAAAAAUGCCACCUAGAAAGAAGAAAAUUCAAGAAGCAGUUGUCAUCAUAUUAGACGUUGGUUAUGGUGGAGAAAACGCGGGGACAUCCUCAUCCAAAAGUUUCUUUGAGAAAGGAAAAGAAUGUGUCAUUGGAUUAAUCAAGAAAAAGAUUUUUUCGAAGUCCCAGGAGUUGGUGAGUUUAAUCCUUAUGAAUUCUGAAGAAACACUCAAUGAUCUGAAUGCCAGAGAAGAUGGAUAUGAAAAUAUCAAACUUGCAUUUCCAUUGCGUGAAGCAAGUUGGCAGAUAGCCAAGACGGUAGCUGACCUCAAACCAACAGAAAUUGAUUCUGUAGAUGCUCUGGAUGCCAUGGCUGUUGCUCUAAAUUACAUUCAGCAAGAACAACAGUCUGAUGAAUGUGUUAAACUGUCAAACAUGGUUGUAAUUUCAAGAUUUGCUGGGGCCACAGACACAGUUCAAGCUAACAGUAUUUUGCGGCAGCUAAAAAGUAUGGCCUCUGAAUUAACAAUCAUUGGCUAUGGCGUUGAUGAGAUUCAAGAAGUUUCUCAGCAAGUUGAAAGUAGCCAAGAAAGGUCAUUGAGAAGACUGCACGAAAAUUUAGCUGUAAUCUCCAGCAUGGUAUCAAAGAUGAACUCAUAUGGUAUGGAAUCCUCAGCUUUAUGUAGUUUUGAAGAUAUUCUCUCACACCUUUUGUACUUUAAGGGAAAAUCUGUAAGACCCACAGCAUGGCGAGUAGAUCUGGAAAUAGGCAGGGACAUUCAAAUUGAAGUUGUUGGAUACAAAUUGGUUGCUGAGCAAGAAAGAUUUGAAUGGACCACUCAGAAAAAAACUGAAAAUACAACCAUAUUAGCUAAAGAUUCCGAAAAUGGAGGAGGAGGAAUAGCUGAUGCUGUAGCAGGAACAGCAGAUGCUGCAGAAGGAACAGCAAAUGCUGGAGCGGUGAUAACCGAGGAGCCUAAAAGUGCUGUCUACAGGGAUAUUAAAGCUUACAUGGAUGUGGAUGAUCAGGGUGAUGAACGAGAAGUUGCCCCAGAAGAUAUUGUCAAAAGUUAUGUUUAUGGAGAUAAAAUUAUUCCAUUUCCCACUCAUGACAGUGAAACAAUGGCGUAUGAAUCUGGGCCAAGAUCUCUCAAGCUCAUUGGUUUUACCAAACAAAGAAAUGUUCCUAAAUAUAUACUGCAAGGGAAUGGUGUAAAUGUUCUCACUUGUGGCAAAAAUUCGGGAGCUGUUUUUGCUGCUCUUCACAAAGUACUAGAGGCACAGCAGUUGGUGGGUAUUGUAAGGAGGGUGUAUAAUCGGAAUAACGCUCCUGCCAUUGGCACCCUGUAUCCUGAAGUUGUAGACGGGAAAAAGGUUCUAACAUUUAUUGAGCUACCCUUUGCUGGAGAUGUCAUCACAUUAAAAUUUCCGUCUCUCAGUCAUGUAAAUCCUACCUCGGAACAAAAAAAUGCUAUCAACAAACUAAUUGAUACACUAGAUCUCUCCAACCCAGAUGAUCCUGAUGACGAACUAUUCCACCCUGAAAAAACUUAUGAUCCAGAUCGGCAGUUAAUGUAUCAUAAAUUCGCCCAACAAAUUCUUUACCCUGAGGAUUCAUCACAGUCUGAACUCCCAGAUCAUAUUGAAAAACUGACAAGCUUGCCAAAUGAAUUGAAGGAAAAAGCUGAACCUGUAAUUGAAGACAUCAAACAGGUAUUCCCGCUCGUGGAGAUUGAAAGAAAACAAUGGAAGAAGGGCAGAGCUAUAAAUGGGAAGGUUGAUGAUGAACCAGAUGAUGGAGAAGUGAAUGAUGAUGGCCCGAGUGGUGCGCAAACUGCUGGAAUUUCUUCUAUAUUCAAACCAACAGUUGUUCAAGUUACCGCCAUUCACCCUGUCAAAGAUUUUGAAACGCUCAUCCAGAGAGGAGAGGAUCAUACUGAAGUGUGUAAUCAGUUGAAAAAAGUUAUUCUAAAUUUAGCUAAAAGUAUCAAAGAAAAGGAAGAUUUAUUGAAAGUCAUUGCAGCAUUGAAAACACUUAGAAAGAGCUGUCUGGGAGAAAAUCCGGCUUUGUACAACAGUUGGUUACGCGAGUUUAAAACAUUGGUCCAGGAAAGAGACUUGAAGUCUGUGUGGGAGAAGAUUGAAGAAGAAAAACUUGGUUUAAUUUCCAAUAAAGAAACAGCCAACAGUGAUAUUUCUGAGGAAGAUAGUUUUAAUUUCUUACAGCUGGCUUCUGCUCAAGUAGAACAAGAACUAGAUGUGGAUAUGGACGAUCUGUGAUCCUGUCAUUAUUUAUCACAACACUUUUCAGGCACCAGGAAAUACAACCAAUCUGUGGUACUCAUUAUUUUAGCCUCCUUUUUUCACUAUACUCAUUUAUAUACCUUUUUUUAAAAAAAAAUGUACAUAAUUUUAAACAUAAUUUUCAAGAGAAAUCUGUGUAAUAUGUCUACAUCACUCAGGAAUUAAGUUUCUCUCAGUUCCUAAAAACUGUUUUUGGUUAAUAACCAUUGUUAUCUCAUGUCGUUAAACCUUAUGCAUUGUAGAGUAAAUAUAAUUUUCAUAAUUUC